AUCCGAGAGCUGCCUGUUUGUGUACAGUUACAGUUUCUCCUGAAGCUGAAUUCAGAUCAGCACUUAAAGGGGUUUAGUAAAGCUCUGUCUACCUCAUGUGCUCAAUCCCGCCUCCUGUAAGGCAGCCCGAGGACCUCACAUAGUAAGAUGGCUGAAAAACAGAAACACGAAGGCAGGGUAAAGAUAGGACACUACAUCCUCGGAGACACGCUGGGAGUCGGAACAUUUGGAAAAGUGAAGAUUGGAGAGCAUCAGCUAACAGGACACAAAGUUGCCGUGAAGAUCCUCAACAGACAGAAGAUCCGCAGUCUCGAUGUUGUGGGGAAAAUCAAACGAGAGAUUCAGAACCUUAAGCUCUUUAGACAUCCGCACAUCAUCAAGCUGUAUCAGGUGAUCAGCACUCCCACAGACUUCUUCAUGGUGAUGGAAUAUGUGUCUGGAGGGGAACUCUUUGACUAUAUUUGUAAGCAUGGAAGGGUGGAGGACACAGAGGCGAGACGUCUUUUCCAGCAGAUCAUCUCAGCUGUAGAUUACUGCCACAGACACAUGGUGGUGCACAGAGACCUCAAGCCAGAAAAUGUGCUGCUGGAUGGCAACAUGAAUGCCAAGAUCGCUGACUUUGGUCUGUCAAACAUGAUGUCAGACGGAGAGUUCCUGAGAACAAGCUGCGGAUCACCUAACUACGCCGCACCAGAGGUCAUUUCAGGAAGGCUCUAUGCUGGUCCAGAGGUGGACAUCUGGAGCUGUGGCGUCAUUCUCUAUGCACUGCUCUGUGGGACUCUGCCAUUUGAUGACGAGCACGUGCCCACCCUCUUCAAAAAGAUCCGUGGAGGGGUCUUCUACAUCCCAGAAUACCUCAACCGCUCAGUGGCCAAUCUGCUUAUGCUCAUGCUGCAGGUGGACCCACUGAAGAGAGCUACUAUCAAAGACAUCAGAGAGGAUGAGUGGUUUAAACAGGACCUUCCUGGCUACCUCUUCCCUGAGGACCCCUCGUACGACGCCACAGUGGUAGAUGAGGAAGCCGUGCGGGAGGUGUGCGAGAAGUUUGAAUGCACUGAAGCCGAAGUACUGAGCAGCCUCUACAGUGGAGACCCUCAAGACCAGCUGGCCGUGGCGUACCACCUCAUUAUCGACAACCGGCGAAUCAUGAACCAGGCCAGCGAGUUCUACCUGGCCUCCAGUCCCCCAACCAGCUCUUUCAUGGAGGAGGGCAUGCCCCUGCCACCGGGGGUCAAACCUCACCCUGAACGGAUGCCCCCUCUCCUGGCCGACAGCCCUAAGGCACGAUGCCCUCUGGAUGCUCUCAACACUACCCGACCAAAACCGCUGGCGGUGAAGAAGGCAAAAUGGCACCUGGGCAUACGGAGCCAGAGCAAACCAUACGACAUCAUGGCUGAGGUGUACCGUGCCAUGAAACAGCUGGAGUACGAGUGGAAAGUGGUGAACCCGUAUCACCUGAGAGUGCGCCGGAAGAAUCCUGUCACUGGGAAUUUUGUGAAGAUGAGUCUGCAGCUCUACCAGGUGGACAAUCGUAGCUACCUGCUCGACUUCAAGAGCAUUGAUGAUGAUGUGAUCGAGCACAAGUCAGGGUCGUCGACCCCUCAGCGCUCUGGCUCUACAGCCGGCCUCCAUCGGCCACGGCUCAGCAUCGACUCUGCGAGCGUGGCUGUUGAGAUGCCCCAGCUCAGCAGCUCUCUGCCGGGGUCUCUGACCGGGAGCACACCCCUGCUGGCCCCGCGUCAGGGCAGCCACACCAUGGACUUCUUUGAAAUGUGUGCCAGCCUCAUCACUACUUUGGCUCGCUGAGACCAACGCACCCAUUCGCAAAGUACACAUCAGAAAACACCAUCACCUGGUGGUCUUUACCUCUUAGAAACCAGUAAAAAGGUGAAGGGUUAAGGGGUUGUGAUAUAUAGAGUUGGGGGUACUUUUAUGUCAGUCCCACAGUAGCAGCACAGACAUACGGUGGUCCCAAAAAGGUUUUGGACAAGACACAGUCAUUGAAAGUCAUUGUAUUAGUUAACCAAUCAUCCUAUCAAGGCCAUCAGCAAACAAGUCAUGCUAAACUUUUUUGUUAUCACUUCAUCGUGCCACAUUUUAUAUAUUUGUAUAAUAUAAUUCAGAAUCAUAUAUACAAUGUGGCAUGUAUUUUAUAAUUUAUAGCAUAAUAAUAAUGCUAUUUAUUAUUAUUAUUGUGCUAUAAAUGAUAAAUUAUGAUUGAUCCAUUAAUGUUUGACAACCAUAUUGUCCAUAUACAGCCCCCCCCCCAUAUAACUUUUCUUUUGUAUAACAGUAUAUGUACAGUUUUUUAUUAUUUUAGACCUAAUAAAGAUCUUUUAUUUAUGGAAGCUUGUUUCCGCCACUAAGUAAAAAAAAAAAAUAAUAAUAAUAAUAUUUCAAGCCAACUUAAUAAAGGUAAUUAUGCCUUUUUAUCUCACAAUUCUGACUUUUUUCUCACAAUUGCGAGAUUUAAACUCACAAUUGUGAGUUAUAAAGGCAGAAUUGCGUGUUAAAAAGGCAGAAUUGCGAGAUAUAAAGGCGCAAUUCUGACUUUUUUCUCAGAAUUGCAUGAUAUAAACUCGUAAUUGCGUCUUAUAAAGUCAGAAUUGAGAAAAAAAUGUCAGUCUUUUUCCCUUCACAAUUAGACAUUAUAACACAAUUGUAAGUUUAUAUAUCAUGACUUUAAAUCACGCAAUUCUGACUUUAUAUCACGAAAUUCUGACUUUUUAACUCGCAAUUGUGUUUAUAUCUCGCAAUUCUGAAUAAGAAAGUCAGAAUUGUGAGAUAUAAACUCGCAACUGCGAGAAAAAAGUCAAAAUUGUGAGAUAAAUAGUCGCAAUUAUCUUUUUUGUUUCUUAUUUUAUGGUAAAAACAAGCUUCCAUAUUUAUUAAAAAAAAAAAAAAGAAGAAAAAAGAGAUUAAUUUUGUCCAAAACCUUUUUAGAGCCACAUUAGUCAGAGGUUUUCCUCAUCGUCAUAUGUUUAAAGAAUUCAAAAAACUAUAAACAUACUUCUGAUUUUAUAUACACAUUUCUUUUGAUAAUAUGUAUUAUACAGUAUAUUUAUAUUCUCAUAUCAAUCACUUGAGUUGUAUAGUUUAGUUUAAUAGCUAUUGAUUGCAAUGACAUACCAAAACAAGGUUUAUACAUACAGAGAAAAAAAUCAUUAUUUAAUUAUAUUAGAGAAGAAUUCAUAUCUAUUCACAUUAUUUAAGUGUUAAUUUAUAGAGUGAAGUAUUUAUAUUGAGUGUCCUGGCUUUGGCUUGCAGCCUCCAGAGAGCAUUUAUCAAAUAGCAGUGUAAAUGCUGUUGGUGAAUGUCACAGUGAAUCUCGGAUGAUACACACCAUCUGCAGUGGAAACGGCUGACCAUGACCUAUCUGUGUCUGUCUCAGAGGCCUUGCUUACAUUAUGGGCUGUGCUGCUGCCAUAGAGAGACAAAUAUGCUGGGCAAGGGCAGACAGACCAGCUUAAAUGUUGUGCCUUGAUAUGGCUAAAAUGCAAACAGAGAAGAAUAGAGACGGAUGAAGUGGAGAAUGCGCCCGUCAUUUUGCUGAUAUAAGUGAGCCUUUAAUUAGACGGCCUUUAAAAUAUUCUCAAUGCUUGAGAUUGCAGACAGACAGAAAGACAUUGUUAAAGCAUUUUACCUGAAUGACACAUUCAGAUAAUUAUUAUUUAUGGUUUUUUGUAUUGUUUUUGUAAUUAUUUUACACUUAAACUUAUAUACAGUAUAUAUGUGUGUGUGUGUGUGUGUGUGCAGGGCUUGACAUUAGCACUCUGUUGACACACAAACCCUCCUCCCCUCACUCACUCAUUUCAUUUGCUCUGGAUGAAUAUUGUUGGUGUUACAGAGCUUGAAUUUUAGCGUAGGAUUGCGCGUAUUGAGCAUAAUUUUACACAGAUUAGCGUGUGCACAUAAAGCCGCCUCUCAGUACUAAAUUGAGUUCUUUUCACUGCUUAUUGCGCUUAAACAUUUAGAUACACACAAAAUAAUGUCAAAAUGCUUGUCUUGGUGAGUAUUGACGUAAACACAGUCAGUUAUGUUUUAAGUGAACAUAAACAGUUGAGAAAGAAACAGUGUAACAGUAUAAUGGAUCUGUGCAUCUUAAAGUGACAGCAGCCUAAUAUACCUGCUGCCAAAUUAGGAGAUAAUAUUAAAAAUAUCUAUAUGGCAGUUUUUCCCCAUGGUAUUGAUGUCAAAAUUGUGGCCAGUGAAAAUGCUGAGUGGAUAGUAACUUUGGAAAAAACACUAGCCACAGUGGCAGGUGAGCAAAAAACGUUAAUGUCAAGCCCUGUAUAUAUAUAUAUAUAUAUAUAUAUAUAUAUAUAUAUAUAUAAUCACACUUUUAACUGUUAACUAUGACUUUUGCCUCAAUAAACUGCUAAUUCUGCAUAUUAAUAGUUAGUAAGGUAGUUAAAUUUAGGUAUUGGGUAGGAUUAAGGUAUGUAGUCAUAAGGUCAUGCAGAAUAAGGCAUUAAUAUGUGCUUUAUAAGUACUAAUAAACCAAUAUCCUUGUAAUAUGCAUGCUAAUAAGCAACUAGUUAAUAGUAAGUAAAUAGUUGGACACCCAAAACUAAAGUGUUACCAGACUUAUUUAUACUAUAUAUAUAUAUAUAUAUAUAUAUAUAUACACACACACACACACACACACUUAAAACAUUUUAUAGGUGGUGUGUAUCUGACGAGAAAAUAUAAAGUGACCCAAGCCGAGAGCUUUUAGAAGAGUGUGCCCCGUGACCCCCUCCCCUGGGAUGCCUUAAACAGAUUGUGAACUUUAUUGUUUUUAGCGCUUUAACAUAUUUGGUUGUGUGUGUGCUUGUUUGUAUGGAGUAGAUCCAAUGUAUUUAUUAGUUACGCAUAUUUAUUCUUUAUUUAAGCUCACAUCUUAAGUGUUAGUUGGGAUUUCAGUUGGGAUUCAGGAAGUGGAUCUGCUGUAGUUGUCUUUGUGCCAAUAUGUGUGAAUGGACAACUACAACACAGCCAGCUGGGAAAUAGCAGUAGAAGAUGACUGAAAUUGAGAGAAGUGAAUUACAUGUAUAUUAUAUGCAGAUGCUACUUUAUGAAAAAUCAAACAAGGCAGCCAAAAAAGUGAUGUUUUCAGUUCAACCAAUAGAUCUGAAUCAUUUGAACCAACCAUUUUUAUUUGUGUUGAACUAGUCAUUUUCAUAUUCAUUUCUGCUGGUUCACAAAUUGUGAUUUCUAUAGAUGUGGUGGUCUUCCUGAAUCUACCCCACUGUCUUGUACUGUACGGAAUGGUUAAAUGUCUACCUUUGUGUGCAUGGAGCAGAGCGUUUGUGUGUUUUGUACCAGUAUGCUGUAUUUUUAUUAUACACAACUGCAGUUGUACCAUUUUAACUGAAUGUAAACCAGAAAGAUGGAAAGUUCUCGCACAAACCACUUGAUCAUAUAAUUUAUAUGAAAUGCAAUAGAUAUGAUGCCUCUUAAAAGUUUUAACAGUUCGGUGCAAACCACCAUGGCUGGGGGACUUCUUUUUUUUUUUUUUUUCUCGAUAUUGCCGGAGAAGAUUAGACUGGAUUAUGAUGUUGUUUUCAUGGAAAAAUAUUGCACAGUCUGAAAUUCCUCCCAGAUGUUAUAGCCUUUACGCAUUCUUAACAUUUUCCCCUCAAAUCCCAAGUUAACUCCCGGUCAUUUUGAGGUUCAGUACGUCUUUUUGGAGAUAAAGUGCUGAGGUAAAAGCUUUGAUCACAUAGUUUAGUGAGUUUAUCGCCCCCUGCUGCUGGACUUUGCCAUUACAUUUACUACCAAUGGCAAACCCUGGGUGGGAAUUGCAGGAUUGUGCGCAUGCUUGAUGCCUUUGUGGUUAAUAUUUGUCAUAUUUCUAGGCCGGGUUGUUAGCAAAAGUCCUUUACGACAGUUUUAUGUCCGUUAUAUCUGAAACUUUAUGGCCCCCAUUAGUUUCACAGGGGCAUUAGUGUGAUGGCCAUGGCUUCAGCUCAUGUUCAGUGUUUUGUCUGUGUAGAGGCAUUUGUGCUGGAUAUUAUACCCUCCCUCUCUCUCCAGUGUAGUGUUGUAUGUGUGAAACAUGAGAUUAGUGUGUUUUCUGCCUGUUCCCGAGCCCGCUGGGAGAUGACCUCUGCCUGUCGGUGUCUACAUGUCUGUAUUGUACAUGAGUGUGUGUGUUACUUCCUGUCUGUGUGCGGUUUGUAUUUUAAAAGUUAUGCACUGCAUGGUGUUUCUGUUCUGAUUUGCACUUUAAUUUUUAUUGUUAAAAAGAACAAAAAAUAAAACAAUAUAAAGGGAAAAUAAAGAGGUACAUGUUU